CUACAAGGGCCGUGAAUCCCGGCGCGCCUUAGCCCCUCGGUGAUGGGCAUGCUGGGAGUUGUAGUCCGCUGGGACGAGGGCGUCGCAGCCCGCCCGCGAGUAGUUACACUGUGUCGAAUCGGCUGCUGCGGAACCACAGGCGGCCGGGGCAGAAGCAUCCCCCCCCCAACUCCGAGUGUGGAAUCUACGGUCGGGGAGGCAACGACUGAGUUUACCCGGCCUGUCAUGGCGGCGGCGGCGGCCCCCUCCCCGGGGGGAAGCGCGCCCGCCGGCCCCGGGCCUGCCCCAGCCGGGCCGGCCCAGCUGCAGUACAGCCUCCUGCUGGAGCACCUGGUGGGGGAGCGGCGGGGGCCCCGCCAGGCCCGGGCCCUGGACCCCGCCGCGCUGGGGGGCAUCCCGGCCCCGCCCAAGAGCGAGGAGCAGAAGCUGAUCGAGCGGGUCAUGGAGAGCUGCGGGUUCAAGGCGGCGCUGGCCUGCGUGGGAGGUUUUGUUUUGGGAGGAGCAUUUGGUGUAUUCACAGCAGGCAUCGAUACCAACGUAGGGUUUGAUCCCAAGGAUCCCUAUCGUACACCAACUGCAAAAGAAGUCCUUAAAGAUAUGGGGCAACGAGGGAUGUCCUAUGCCAAAAACUUUGCCAUUGUGGGUGCUAUGUUCUCCUGUACUGAAUGCCUAGUAGAAUCUUAUCGUGGAAAAUCAGACUGGAAGAACAGUGUUGUUAGUGGUUGCAUCACUGGAGGAGCCAUUGGCUUUAGAGCUGGUUUAAAAGCAGGGGCCCUUGGCUGUGGUGGCUUUGCGGCUUUCUCGGCAGUGAUUGAUUAUUACCUACGGUAACAGCGCAGUCCUGUGGGGAAGUUUCACUUAUGUUCCAGUGCCGCUGGUAAGAGCUGUGGGUUCGCCAGACUUACUUCCUUGCCUUUGGAGCGGUGAUCAGAGCAGGAUGGUACCUGCCGUUUCCUAAAUGACUGAUAAUCCUUUCACCCCUGGCCCUGGCAGGCUGAUCUCAUGCCCAGGCGCAGGAGUUCCUGGGAAUUGAGCCAGGCUUUUGGACACACUGGUCAGUGUCGUCGUCAUCGGAAUGGAUAAACGGUCAGUUUCCAAGAACUAAGCCUUCCGGAUCCUUUGAGGUCUGACUUCUGGGGAGCGUUUUGCUGGUGUUGAAAGAGACAAGCUGUCAGGAUCUUGAUAAAUAAAUGCAGCAAGCUGGGUUGUCACAGUUUGCCGCGAACGUUUAACAGUAA